UGAUUUACUCAUUCGGAACACUUUGGAUUUUUCUUUUAUUCUAAAGAAGAAUCUUCCCGCGAAAUUUAUGAACGAUGUCAUCAGCAAAUAACAUUAGCGACGAUUUUAAAGAGAAAUGUGAAGUCACUGGUGUUAUAAAUGGUAAGCGAGAGAACUAUUUAGAUUGGCCUGAUUAUUUCAUGGCAAUUGCAUUUCUUUCUGCACAAAGAAGCAAAGAUCCUAGAACCCAGGUAGGGGCUUGUAUUGUUAACGAGGAAAAUAAAAUUGUUGGAAUUGGAUAUAAUGGUAUGCCAAUUGGUUGUCAUGACGAUUUAAUGCCAUGGGGACGUGAACAUUCAGAUGUUUUACAAACAAAACAGCUUUAUGUUUGCCAUGCAGAAUUAAAUGCUGUUCUGAACAAGAACUCAUCCGAUGUAAAGAACUGUACAAUAUAUGUGGCUUUGUUCCCAUGUAAUGAGUGUGCUAAAGUUGUUAUACAGUCCGGUAUCAAACAAGUCGUUUACUAUUCAGAUAAAUAUCAUGAAAAACCAGAAUUCAUUGCUUCAAGGAAAAUGAUGGACAUGGCUGGAGUGAAAUACAGACAACAUAUUCCCAAGAAAACGCAGAUUCUAAUAGAUUUCAGUGUGAUUGAAAAUAUGACACAAGAAGUUAAAGACGUACUAAACAAGGAAUCAGAUUAACAUACAUUACUUUAUAUAUUGUGAUCAAAUCAGAAUACAUUGCUUAGCACAUGGACAUUGGAAUAACACAUGUUACAAGAUUGAAUAAAAGACACUUAACAUUACAAUAGAACAAUGGAGUCAUGAAUACUAGUUGGAUUUUCAUUGGUUUAGAAUAAUGAACAGUAGAGACCUGAAUACUAGUUGGAUUUUCAUUGGUAGGGAGAAACAAGGAACUGAGAUACUCUAUACAAUACAAAUCUUAGCAUCUUCCAUAAGACCACAUAACAAAACAGAUGAUUGAAUAGAGAUUUUUCUCGAACUAUUAAAAUUGUUUCCAGGGAAAAUAAAUGAAACCACAAUACUUGAUACCAGGGAUUACAGAUAAUGGCA